GCGCGGAGACCGUCCGUAGACGCCCGCCGGCCAUCCGUCGAGGCACGCAAGACCUCGCUCGAUCUGAGUAGGUCGUCGCUGGAAGGCAGGAGACCCUCGCUGGACCGUGCCGGUUCACCUGUCACGCCUACCCGUCCUCGUGCUCUCUCGCCGACUCAGCGCAACAUCACACCGAACUACUACCAGAACCGACUGCUCAAUGCGUCAACAACUUCGCUCGGGGAUCCUCAAACCCUGAGCAUCGGGAGCAGAUCCGAGCCGCGUCGUCAUACCUCUGCAAAGAGAUGUUGAAGCCGCCGUCCAGGCUGAACGACUCGAGCCUGCAACCACGGGAAUGGGAGGAGGUGGAGGUGCGCAUGCGGAGUUUGGCCAGAUUGGAGAGGGUCUGGGGGAAGAGUGGGGGCGGGAUGGGUAGUUCCUCCCAGUUAAGCUCCGCCGGUGGGUUGAGCUCGAGCGGGCUCAGCGCUAGUGGAGAGGAGAGGGAGAGGCGAUUGCUCACUGAGGCACUGAGAGAUGGCUAUGUUCUCUGCCAACUCAUGAACAAGCUUUUUCCGGGCACCAUCUCUCGCGUGGAUCCAAAGGAGGACGGGGUAGCGCGGUCGUCUAACGUCACCCGUUUCCUAGCAGCCUGCACUUCUGUUGGCGUAUCAUCAGAGGAUCUCUUCGGCCGAGACGAUCUCACCAUAGCGAACGCGGAGUCCCUGGCCCAAGUCGCUCGUACAGUCCUUGCUUUGCAACGACACGCGGAGUUCCCGUCCCCCGACAAGUCCAGGUACAUCCAGGGCGGCCGCGGGGGCGGCUCGCGUGCUGCUUCGUCGACCCCGAAUCUCACCCUCGCUCAGAUGCAGCGCUCCACCUCGCCCGUCUCGCCGCAUUCGCCAACUGGGAGGAAACGCUGGAGCCCACCGCAACCGCUGCCGACGGUACGCUCAGCGAUUGGCAAUGGCCACGCACACCAUGGUGGGGAGAGCGACCUCGAGUUCGACGAGGUCCCUCCCAUCAUGUCUCCCCCACCUCGAUCUCCUCUUCGUCCAAGGCCCAGUGUCGACCGCGCCUCCGUGGCAGACUCGACACGCGCCUCCGUCGGCGACUCCGUGCGAGCGUCUGUGGUCGACUCAAUAGCUGCUUCUCCGAUACGACAAUCCCAAGCAUCCACCAUGACGGACACCACUGCCUUUUCGAGCCUGCUGGAGGUGCAGAGGACCACUAGUACGGGACAGAACAAGUUUGGAACCAUUCGCACGGUCACUACUGAAGCCACGUCGGUCGACGCGAGCGAGACACCUUCAUUCACGUUUGCAGAGGGUAAGGCGAUGGCCGCGACCUUGUUUGAGGAGCCGGCUCGAAGACGAAGCGGCGAGACACCCACCAGGCCAUCCCGCGAGCGACGUCCGAGUGAAACCAUGCCCGUUGACUUGGCCAGAGUUGCGGAGGAGACAGAGGAGGGUUCAUCGAGUUCCAAGAGCAAGUCCAGGAGCGGAGUGUCUCUCAGCAAGCCAGAGCAGGGUCGCGAGCCGAGUCCACAGAAAGCGUCCCCCAUUAAAUUGGGCAAAGGCAAGUGGCCGGAUGACUUUAUAGAUGCAUUCCAGGCCCCGAAGUCCUCCAUUCUUGAUGGGGACGAGUUCGGCGUCUAUGAACCCGUCACACCCAUUUCCUCGUCACCUCCCCGCAAGUUGGCUAUUGUCGGCGCUUCGAGGCCCGACGCAAGCGUCGAGUCCCUGCCACAGUUCCCUCGGCGUCCGACGCAUCGUGCGAGACACAGCGUCGAUACUCCUGGCCUUCUGCCGAAGGAUCAGGUGUUGUUCAGAGACGCCAGUCCAGACGGCGGGCCUCCAUCCCCUAGGAUCGUCUUGCGACGUAGCAGUACGCGCACUGGGGCUCAACGAAAUGGCGUCUACGUACCUCGGAGCGACUCUCGCUCUCAAGAGAGCGACACGCGCGUACCAUUUCCACGAUCUGUCUCCGCCGAACAUACUCCCGCUUUUGCCCAGGAUCACUCGGGCGAAUCCACUCCUGCAGGUUCGUCGACGACAUCCAAGCCGGGCUCACCUGGUCCUCAUGACAGGCCUCGACAACCUCGCGGUCGCUUCCAAAGUGAGAUUGAUGGGGCCAGUUCGCGCAGAAAGCCCCGUCCCAACUCGUAUGACGAGCUCGGUGCUAAGCCUCGUCGGUCAAGGUAUGAGAGUAUGGUGAAUCUGGGGGUCGUGACAAGCAACGCGAGUGCCAGCGACAUCCUCACGAGAGACCCUUACGAAGGCAGCGCUGUUCGGCAGACGCUGGUUGUUAGAGAAGACGGCAAGCCGCCGACUCAGUUCCAACUCGGGAACUGUAUCGGGCGAGGUCAAUUCGGUGCUGUUUAUCGGGCCCUGAACCUAAACACAGGACAGAUGGUGGCGGUCAAGAGGAUUCGUCUCGAGGGUCUCAAAGAGGACGAAAUCAAGCAGCUCAUGAAAGAGGUCGAUCUCGUCAAGAGCUUAUCUCACCCGAGUAUCGUCAAAUACGAGGGCAUGGCGAGGGAUACCGACUCCCUGAGCAUCGUUCUUGAGUACGCAGAGAACGGUUCGCUAGGCCAGACACUGAAGGCGUUUGGCAAACUCAACGAGCGUCUUGUGGCCGGCUAUGUGGUCAAGAUCCUAGAGGGUCUGCACUAUCUUCAUCAAAGCGAUGUGGUCCACUGCGAUCUGAAAGCGGCUAACAUCCUCACUACCAAGACCGGGAAUGUCAAGCUCUCGGACUUCGGGGUCUCGCUCAAUCUGCGAGCAAUGGAACGCGAGAUGAAGGACGUGGCGGGGACGCCGAACUGGAUGGCUCCCGAAGUUAUCGAACUGAAAGGCGCUUCUACCAAGUCCGACAUCUGGUCGCUUGCUUGCACGGUCAUCGAGCUUCUCACAGGGCGUCCCCCUUACUCAGAGAUCGCAAACAGCAUGUCUGUCAUGUUUCGUAUCGUUGAGGACUCCAUGCCACCCCUGCCGGACGGCUGUUCACAGUCUCUGCAGGACUUCUUGAGGCAGUGCUUCCACAAAGACCCGACGAAGCGACCGAGUGCCGAAGAGCUGUGUGAGCACGAAUGGCUGAAGAAAAACUGGGCUAUCCACAACAAGGAGUUGCGGCCUCAAGAUAGCAUUCCUUUCUUGCGUCGCGUAUCUGCCGACUAUCACGCACAAAAGGCAGACGUCAUGCGAUAUCUCGCCGGUGUUGAGAUGCCCGAACGUCCAGAGUCAGACAGAGCGUCUCCAGCAUUGUCGUCGUCCCCCGACAAGCGGCCACGCGUCGACGUGUCACCUGCACCACGUAGACCUUCCAACGAUCCUGACCAUUUUUCACCACGCGAGCACUCCUUCGUACGAACUACCUUCGGCAAGCCUGUCAUAUGCCGCGUAUGUAACCAAGGAGUGAAGAAAAGCGCUGUUCUCUGUGAACAAUGCAGCCUUAUCUGCCAUGCGAAAUGUGCUCCGAAUGCGCCGCCAACCUGUGAUUUACGAGCACAACUGCUUCUAUACGCACAGUACGCGGAGACUGGUAGUCCGACUGGCCAAUACAGCAACCCCAUGGAGCUCCUCGAGGCUCUUCAGGCAAACGGACCCCUCAGCCCUGUUUCCGAUGGCAGUGACGUCACCCCCAGAACCAGCUUCGAUUCGCCUAGUUCGCCUUCUCCUAUUCCGGUCGGCGGCGCGGUUCACCCACCUAGCGCGUACAAAGUGCUCGCAGCGUUCAAGCGCUCGAAGUCCUUCCUGACCGAACACUCGGACAAAUCCUCUCCUGCCCCUUCAUCGUCACCUUCUUCUCCUCCGCCUCCCGUACCCUCGGAUCGUCGUCAGAUAUCGCGCAAGCGUUCUGUUCUGACGAAACGCAAGUCCGAGGGCAAGGAGCGACCGCUCUCUAUUUCAAGUAGCAGCACGGGCCCCAAUACCUCGAGCAUGCGAAGCGCCGUGACGGCCACAGAAAGCAUGGCUAGCACGCAGCGAGGAUCAACGCGGACCAUAGCCACGGGGACGGACGCACACAGGCCUACGAACCAGUCUGAUUCGAGGUUCUCACAAAUGACCGGCUAUUCCAUCCUCUCUUCCGCAGCCACAGAUCAGGAGGAGGGCAGAGUUCCGGGAGACCUCUCCAGGAGCGGUCGACGCCGCGAUCGAGAUUCGAAGUCGAGCAACGGCUGCUCGGUGCAGUGAUUUAUUCAUCUCCGUCUCAUCUUAUUUGGUGCACUUUGCUCACCCGGACGACUUAUACACGUGUACUCUGUACUGCAUGGUCUCAUUGCAUUUACGCUCGUUGCAUCGUCAUGGGACUCGACAUUUUACUCCGCAUUUCGUACUGCAUAUAUUGCCCCCCUUCGCGUAAUAUGCCAUGUCAGGCAC